AUGCCGCGCGAUAGCAAUCGAGGAAGAUUGCGCUCGCAUGAAGCCUGCCUCAAUUGCAGGUGGGAUUCCCUGUCGUCUGUUAGAUUUUUCUGCCAUCUCACAUUACCUAGGAGAAAGAAAACACGAUGCCCAGCUGAGAAGCCAGCCUGUUCAAGUUGUGUCAGACUGAACCAGUCAUGUUUAUACACUUCCGUGCCGAGGGGAUCUCGUAGUGGUCCAUCGGCUGAUCGAUUGGCAUACCUGGAGGAGAAAGUAAACCUCAUAUUGAGUGGUAACGGGUGGGUUCCAAACCAUCGUACCCACACAUCUUUCCUUGCAUUGUCUGACUCCUUAUUCAGAAAUCUUCCGCCACCAGAGCCGCAAAACCAACCUCCUAAUAAUGACAUCCCUGAUACCUCUUAUUCCACGGCAUCAUGCCCGUCAUCUGGUGAGAUGGCUAAUAACUCCAGUGAUUCUUUCCUGCUUCGGAUGAGCUUUGACGACCCGAAAGUCAACGCAGCCUCUCGAAUAUCGCAGGCAAUUGAUCUCUACUUCCAAUACUGUCAUAGACAACCAAUAUGGUGUCUGGAUCGAGAAGAGGUCAAGGAUCCCAGCUAUGUUUCCGAAGAACUAAUCUGCAGUAUUCUCACACUCACGUCGCGCUUCUCACCAGAACGCGAUGAGAUGUUACACUACGGUGAUACUGCUCGGACACUAGUCAUGCUUCGCAUUGCAAAUGGCACGGUUGAGCUUGAGACCAUCGAAAGUCUGUGUCUACUUGCAUACUCCUCUUUCCUAGAUGGGAAUUUGCCCUUGGGAAGAUUUCACCUGGGUCUUGCUCUCCAACUUUGUCGCUCUGCAAUGUUAGACCUGAAUUCGACAUACGGCGUAGAUUGCCCCUCGAUUGAGCGGAAGAAGAGACUUUUCUGGAGUCUCCAGUCACUUGAACAAUGUUACGGUCAAAUACACGGUUUUCUCAACGUUCCAGCAGAUGUCUUGCGUUCAUUCUAUACAGUCAGCGGCGAGGAAUCAAAUCUUCAGAAGAACCCCGAGCCAAAGCCUCCACCGCUCCCAAUUGAUGAGAUUGGCUGCUCACUUCCAAGCGACAUUGGCAUCUGGAGCUUGGCGCUACACUUUGGAUGGGUCUGGAGCCAUGUCAGAUCGUACGUCUUCGACUGCGCUCAGAGCAGGCUCAAGGAACCAUGGCGACACGAUUCGACUUAUGCAAUGGUUCUGUCUGAUUUGACGGAAAUUGAGAAUAAACUCUCCAUGUGCCAUCGAUACGACUCGGUUAAGUUUUACGAGCGUCGAGCGGAUGAGCUGAGAAUGAACCGAGAAUACUGGGCUCCCUGGCUCAAGUUACAGUUCACGUAUCACUCUAUAUUGACCGUGAUGAACCACCCCUUCCUGUAUAUCGUGGCGUCUCAAUACAACCACAAUCUAACAAUCCCAAAUACCUUUUGGAGGCGAUCUUCCGAGCUCGUUCUUCUGCAUGCUACCUGGAUCGUUCGUAUGAUCGACAUGGUAACUGAGAGGAAUAUGCGGCUCAUCGAUCCAUUCUUUGGACAUGCAGCGGCUAUCGCAGCAACAGUCCACCUCUACUACUGCUGUGCCGCUGAUCCACGAUUGAAAUUCAAGUCGAAAACAGAUUUCGCAAAGUGCAGGCGAUUCUUGAAAAGUUUCGUCUCUUUUUCUCCUGCCUGUGAAUCGUUGAAUAAAACCCUUGAUAAGAUGACGCAAAUUGCAUCCGGGUCCCAGAAAGUGGAUUUUGACUGGGAACCGUCUAAGAUUUAUCUCAGUAUCCCCCUAAUGUGGGAUAUCCUUCAAAUCAACUGUACAACAGAUUCUCAAGACACGUCGGCCUCUAGCUUAUUACACCCUUUGCUUACUCCUGCAGUAUCUGUACAAGAUACGGAUCAUUCAAAUUCAACGCUCGAAGUCAUUGUGGCAAUGUCGCCAGAGAUCAAUGUCAACACAGCUGAUGGAGGUUCAGCUGCCCAUAUGCCGCCAAAACUACCACGCCUGUCUUCUUUGUCUGUAUCGCCAGCAAAUUCCAAUCCGGCAUUGGGGGAAAAGCUUGUGGCACCUGCAGACAGCCUCAUGGCCAACACUCCUUGGUUAUGGACUGAUCCGACGCAAUUUGUUGAUAUGGACAGCAUUGGUUACGCCGAGUCGGAAUCGGCCACGGGCAAUGCCGAUGGCUUUUCUACCUGGUGGGAUUUUGGGAAUUUAUAA